CUGAAACAUUUCGCAUUUAGUUGAAUAACAGGCGACAUGAUUGACGAGGUGAAGCGGGAGAGAGGCGAUCAAUGGAUGCCAUAUUACUCCAGCGAGAUGUAUUAUGGCUCAGACAGCCUGCCAUUGGGCCCUAGAGGAUACUCUCCCCCAGAGCAUCACUACCAGAGUUACGGCCCGCCGUGCGACUCAGCACCUACAGGAAAUCCCGGGAGACUCGGAAGCUCAGCAGGACUUCUGCCACCUCUAAACCCUCCAAAGGCAUACGCAGAGAUCAACUCCAGCGAACCAGAGUUUCCAGAGCUGAAAUCAGUUUACCGCCGGACAUUAAGCCAUGCCAAACCGCCGUACUCCUACAUCUCUCUCAUCUGCAUGGCCAUCCAGCAGUCUCCAGCCAAAAGACUGACUCUGAACGAGAUUUACGACUGGAUCCGCCAGCUCUUCCCAUAUUACAGACAGAAUCAGCAGAGAUGGCAGAACUCUAUCCGCCAUUCCCUGUCCUUCAACGACUGCUUCGUGCGUGUCCCAAGAUCUCCAGACUCUCCAGGGAAAGGCUCAUACUGGGCUUUACACCCUGACUCCGGUAACAUGUUUGAAAACGGAUGCUACAUGCGCCGCCAGAAGCGCUUCAAGUGUCAAAAAGCCGCAUCAACAGACAAAAACUCAGACGGAGAUGACGUAAAAGUGGAAAGGAAGAAAAAGAAGGAGGUCAAGUCAGUCAGCUCUUCUUGUAAAUCGCCUACAAGUGAUGCUACAAGUCAAAGUUCAACAACAGUGAGCUACAUCAACACCAAACCAGCUUCUCCUUCCCAUCUCAAUCCCUCACAUACUUUAUUUCCCACCCAGCCUCCAGAGAUCUCGACACAUUUGCCUUCUCUGAGUGUGCCGUUUCCAGCAUCAAUGGAAACCAGCUUGCAUUGUGAACCAUCAUCCCAACAUCAGCCCAUUUCUGUCCCGCGGCUUGUGGACUUCCAGUACUGCGAGACUCCUGUGAGCUACCCGCUUUACUGCCAGUCUAACAGCCAUGCCAACUUCCCCUCAUACACCACAGACUCUGUUUACUAUCCUGGAUUUAGCAUGUGCUCGGCUCCUCUUCUGAGUUCCUCCUGAUCCAUGUCGGUUUAAGGAAAGACACUGCAGGUGAACAGGCUUGAAAAAUGAUCUAAUGGUUAUCAACACACUUCCCCAGCUCAUUGAUUUCAUUAAGAAUCAGAUGCGUUUUUGUGUCAAAAGUUUUCUGAAAUUCUUUUUAAAUAUGGAAAUGAGGCAUUAUUUAAAUUAAAUUAAUGAAUUAAUUUGCAUACAUUUCUGGCACAAGAACUUUCGAUGGAAGUCUUCUGCAUUUUUUGACAUAUUAGAGUCAAAGUUUCUUAUACAGAGGGGGUUUUGCAGUCCAUAAUUCAGAAAAUACUGCCAGAAUUAAGCUU